AUGAAGGUCGUCUUUAGAUUUCAAGAUGUGACUGAAAUCGUGAGUGAUGAAGUAUCUGCAUUUGAAGCGAAUACAAAUGAUAUUCAGAAGGCAGCACAUAAAGAACAAAUGAAGAAAGAUGGAAAAACCCUGUUUUAUUCAUCAAUGUUGUCUAUUGAAGAGUCAAGGAACCUAACUGAGAUGAAGUUAGAAGAACAUCAAGCUUCAUUAGAGGCUCAUGAGAUGAGGCUGAAGCGGAGGAACUCAGAAAGGGAGAAGGUGGCUGAACAAGCAUUGCAAAUAAGAUUCAUCAAGAAGUUUGGAAAAGAAAAAGCAAAGCCGAGAAAUAAUCUUGCUAAUGAUAAGAAGUCAAGCAAGAAUUCAAAGAAUCACUCUAAUUCAACCAAGAAAGUAAUGGGCAACAAUUAUUCGGGGGAAAAAGUUGACAUGAAGGAGUUUACCAAGUUAGAUGAAUCAGUUAAGAAAGUGACCAGGUUUGUAAAUGGAAGGCAUGUCACAUCAAGUGGAAAAGGAAACAUAGUUGUGGUGAGAAAAGAUGGUAAGAGGGUCACUAUUACUGGCAUAUUGUAUGUACCUUCAAUGACAAGCAAUUUGAUAAGCAUAGGUCAAUUACUUGCCAAAGGGUAUAAGACGAAGUUGGAAGAAAACCUAAUGAAGGUGUAUAAUGGUGAAGGAAAGAUGAUCAUGAAGGCACCAUUGGCAGAUAAAAAAACCUUCAAAAUGGAUGCAGGUUAA